AUGCAGCUCGAGCAGUGCCUCUCGCCGGCGCUCGCGCUUUCCGACAAGUGCGCGCACGUGGGCAGCGGCGGCCGCGCGAGCUCGCGAGGGUCCGAUCUCGCGCAUGCCAUGAUUACGCGCGCCGGCGACGGCGGCGACCUGGAGAGAAGGAGUUCACCUGUGAAAAAAAACUGCAGCGGGAUGACGAAUGAGUCCGAGGCGGACGCCUUCGCGGACUCUAAGGGCCCGGCGGGGGCCGCCCAGAGCGCCAAACUCUCUCCUGCCCUCGACGGCGCGCCCGACAUUCGCCACACCUUCGAUGGCUGCGCGGCAGAGCGCUGCCUCGCGCCUCCUCCGUCCAGCCACGCGCCACCGCCGCCGCCACCACCACCACCGCCGCCGCUCUCCGCGAGCCCCACGCCCAUGUUCCCGUACGCGAGCCAGCACGGCGCGGCGCACGCCGCCUUCUCCAUCGCCAGCCCGAGCCGCUACAUGGCGCACCACCCGGUGAUCGCCAACGGCGCCUACAACGGCCUGCUGAGCGGCGCGUCCCCGCAGGGCUACGCGGGCGCCGGCUACCCGUACGCGCAGCAGUACGGCCACGCGUACCAGGGCGCGCACUUCUACCAGUUCCCGUCCGCUCAGGCGGGUCUGGUCCCGGGCAAGGCGCAGGUGUACCUGUGCAACCGCGCGCUCUGGCUCAAGUUCCACCGACACCAGACCGAGAUGAUCAUCACCAAGCAGGGCCGGCGGAUGUUUCCUUUUCUGAGCUUUAACAUAUCAGGUCUGGACCCGACUGCCCACUACAAUAUUUUUGUGGAUGUGAUCCUGGCUGACCCGAACCACUGGCGCUUUCAGGGGGGGAAAUGGGUCCCGUGCGGCAAAGCGGACACCAAUGUGACAGGGAACAGAGUGUACAUGCACCCGGACUCUCCCAACACUGGAGCGCACUGGAUGCGGCAGGAGAUUUCAUUCGGAAAACUCAAACUAACCAACAACAAGGGAGCGACCAACAACACGGGACAGAUGGUGGUGCUGCAGUCUCUGCAUAAGUACCAGCCCAGACUGCACGUGGUGCAGGUGAACGAAGACGGAACCGAGGACACGAGCCAACCGGGCCGCGUGCAAACCUUCACCUUCCCGGAGACCCAGUUCAUCGCGGUCACGGCCUACCAGAACACAGAUAUCACACAGCUGAAAAUCGACCAUAAUCCGUUUGCUAAAGGAUUCCGGGACAACUACGACACUGUCUACACAGGUUGCGACAUCGACCGGUUAACGCCGUCCCCGGGCGCGUCCCCGCGCUCGCAGCUCGUGCCCGGCGCCAGAUACGCGGUGACGGGCUCCUUCCUGCAGGAGCAGUUCGUGGGCUCGUACGCGGCGGCCAAGUCGCGCUUCCACGCGGGCGCGGGCGGCGCUGCUGGCGCGGAUCGCGGCGUGCCGCUCGCCAACAGCCUGCUGUCGCCGCAGCCAAGCGACGAAGCCGCGGUGGGUUCCCCGCAGCGCUGGUUCGUCGCCCCGGCCAACAACCACCGCCUGGACUUCGCCGCCGCCUCGGCGUACGACGCCGCGGCCGCCGCCGCCGCCGCUGAUCUGGCCGGCAACGCGGCCACGCUGCUGUCGUACGCGGCCGCCGGGGUCAAGCCUCUCCCGCUGGGCGCCGCGGCAGGCUGCUCCAACCGCGCGCUCGGCUACUACGGCGAGGCGCCGGCGUGGGGCGCGCGCACCCCGCCCCAGUACUGCGGCGGCGGCACGGCCGGCAUGGGCGCCACGUCCGUGGGCUCCACGGCGGGCACCGCCGCCAAGCCGGGCUCCGUGCUGUCGUGCUGGGGCAGAGCCGGCGCCUCCGGAUACCUGCUCGGGCCCGACGACAGCGACGGCGCGACGGCGCCCGACAGGUCCCCGCUGGGCGCUACGGACGAGGCCAGCAAGGCCAAGGAGCUGUCCGAGGCCGCGUGGAUCGAGCCGCCCUCCUCCAUCAAGUCCAUCGACUCAAGCGACUCGGGCAUCUUCGAGCAGGCCAAGCGCAGGAGGAUGUCACCUUCGGCCACGCCGCUGUCCGAGACGUCGUCGCCGUUAAAGGCCGAGAUCCUGGCGCCCAGGGAGUGCGAGAAAACUUGCCCCAAGGACAUGGGCUACUACAGCUUCUACCCCCACACCUAGGGCCCCUCUCCGAGGAGCCCCGCCAAUAUUUACCCAUCUACUCACAUUUUAACCUAGGCUCCUUAUUUAUUCUGUUUAUUUACGUGUCUACCGUUUAUAUAUCUAGUUUUACCAACCUGUCCUUACUGUUCCCUGUAGUCAUAAGGCUCGCGCUCUUUUUAAAUCCUUAUAAAAGGUUUAUAAAAAAAGACCUCGUUGGCGUUUGAGAGAUGACCAUGUAACUAAAUAAUGUACAUACUUAUCUAGACAUCUCAUUAACUGUUGAUGUACAGCAUGGAAAAGGACAGAAUGACUAGUCGUUGUGCUCUUAGAGUAAGUUUCACGAGGAGCCGUAAUGUUAGAGGAGAAGUUGGUGAGGCCCAGCGUGGUUUUUAAUCCCACACAGGACUGUACUGCGGGCCAGACCACCAAACUUUGGCUAGUGAGUGGAGUAGAGAGCAAACGGACCAUUGCUCAGUAUUGCUGUUGCUUUGUAGCCUCGCCAUGUCUCUUUGGGAAAUCUAUUAGUCUGUAGUUUCAUUGUUGCUCUUAACGUUCAUCAUUUUGUAGGCUGUACUUUGUUGUAACGCUGUUGGUAGGCCAUUCAUCAGUAAAAAAGAAAGAUAAAAAGGCUAAAUAACUCUAAAGAUUGAAGGCCUUGGUGUUCUGAGGCCAGCAUUCACUGGUUUGUACAGGGCAGGCAUCAUUUCCCAUACACCCCUCCACUGUGUUACCAUCAAUGACGUUUUUUGUGAUUUAAUGGGCGUUUUGUUCCAUAUACCAGCAUCAAGUCCAUUAGGCCUGCUGAAAAGCUGAUGUAAUUGUGGUGUGCUUCUUUGCAAUAAAUAUAAAGAGAGUAUGAACCUCUUGACAAAAUAACCUG